UUUAGUAUCUCUGGUUGAACGUAUGUGCUCUGUAUCAUGAUGAAGCCAUCGUCAAGUAGAAUAAAUCCCGAUUUAGCCCGUGAACGAGGAAAAGCAUCUUUUGACACAACGGAACUAACGUACUUGCUUCAUGGAGGCCGAGAGAAAACAGAGCGUAAGAAAUUCCUAGAGUUAUUGGUUGAGAAGGAUCCUGUGUUUAACAAAGAAGAUGCAUACAUUCUGGACCGCAGGCGUGCUUACGAGAGAGGUUUAGAGAAAGGCUUAAGAAUGGUGGAGCUAAUAAAAGAACAUCAGAUAACUGAUCCUUAUGAACAGCACAUUUUAAGAAGGAUCACUCAAACCCUGCUGCCAUACAAUUUGCAUAAAGGGAUGUUCAUUCCUACCUUAAAGGGACAGGGUACUAAAGAACAAAAAGCCAAAUGGCUGCCUCUUGCAGAGUCCUUACAGAUAAUAGGAACAUAUGCCCAGACUGAAAUCGGCCAUGGAACUUUUGUGCGUGGCUUGGAAACAACAGCAACGUACGAUAAGACCACACAGGAGUUUGUUAUUCACUCUCCGACUCAUUCAGCGUGUAAAUGGUGGCCUGGAAAUCUGGGAAAAACUUCUAAUUUUGCCACUGUGCCCGCAAGGCUAAUUGUCGACGGAACUGAUCAUGGAAUUCAGAUGUUUCUUGUUCAGUUACGAGAUCUAGAGACUCACCAACCUUUGCCAGGCAUCACGAUAGGAGACAUUGGAGCCAAGUUUUCAAUGUCUUUCAACGGGAGUGACAAUGGAUAUCUAAUGUUUGACCAUGUUCGCAUUCCACUAGACCAGAUGCUGAUGGGUCUUGCCAAGUUGUCCCCGGAUGGAACCUUCACGAAGCCAGCCAACUCCAAACUGUUGUACGGUACCAUGAGUUAUACGCGGGUAGCCAUCGUUGGCGACUCAUUCUGGGGGUUAUCACAAGCAAUCACCAUCGCCACGCGUUACAGUGCUGUGCGACGUCAGGGUCACCUAAAACCAGGUGAACCCGAAGCCCAGAUUAUCGACUACAAGACACAGCAAUACAAACUGUUACCCGGUCUGGCUCUGGCCUAUGCCACAAAAUUCGCGUUUGAUUAUGUGUGGAGAUCUUUUCAAGAACGUGAAAGGAAAAUUGCAGCGGGAGACUUGUCUAUGUUGCCAGAGAGCCAUGCUAUCACCAGUGGUCUCAAGGCGUUUUCGACCUCAACAGCCAUGCGUCAUGCAGAGACGUGCCGACUGGCUUGUGGUGGACAUGGCUACUUACUGUACAGCGGUCUUCCCGAGUUGUAUACAUUGAUGAAUGCUGCUUGCACUUACGAGGGAGAUAAUGACGUUCUUUUCCUGCAAGUGGCUAGGUAUCUAGUAAAAAUCGCCUCACAAGCUCAACAGGGAAAGCCUCUUCCUUUGUCACUUAAAUAUUUGUCACGAAAAAGUGAGCAGUGUCCAGUAAUAGACGGAGAGGGAUUUUUGGAGUCUGGAGUGCAAAGAACAAUUUACCAGGACAGGACCAGCAGCGAGGUGAGGGCUGUUGCAGGAAAGCUUCAAAUAAAAAUAUCAUCGGGAAUGGACUCUGCUGAUGCUUGGAAUGAGCUGUCUGUAGACUUAUUACGUUGUGCUAAGGUAAGGCGGGAGGCAGGGUGAACAUAAAACCAGCUGAA